CCUACCAGACGAGCUAAAUAACUUCUAUGCUUGCUUAGAGGCAAGUAACACUGAAACAUGCAUGAGAGCAUCAGCUGUUACGGAUGACUGUGUAAUCACUCUCCGCAGCCGAUGUGAGGAAGACCUUUAAACAGUUCAACAUUCACAAGGUGGAUUACCAGGAUGUGUCGUCCAAGCAUGCACUGACCAACUGGCAAGUGUCUUCACUGACAUUUUCAACCUCUCCUUGUCCGAGUCUAAUACCAACAUGUUUUAAGUAGACCACCAUAGUGCCUGUGCCCAAAGACACUAAGGUAACCUGCCUAAAUGACUUCCGACCCGUAGCACUCACGUCCUGGUAAUCCGUCUGGCCCAGCGGCUUUGUGAAUCUUGUUCACAUCGGCUACCGAGAUCCAGACCAGUUGGUGCUCUUGUGCAUGCUUCAGUGUUGCUUGCCUCAAAGCGAGCAUAAAGGCAUUUAGCUCGUCUGGUAGGCUCGCGUCGCUGGGCAGCUCGCGUCUGGGUUUCCCUUUGUAGUCCGUAAUAGUUUUCAAGCCCUGCCACAUCCGACGGGCGUCAGAUCUGGUGUAGUAGUUUUUAAUCUUACUCCUGUAUUGACGCUUUGCUUGUUUGAUGGUUCGUCGGCGGGCAUAGCAGGAUUUCUUAUAAGCGUCCGGAUAGUCUCCUGCUCCUUGAAAGCGGCAGCUCUAGCCUUUAGCUCAAUGCGGAUUUGCACUUAUUGAUGAAGCCAGUGACUGAGGUGGUGUAUUCCUCAAUGCCAUUUGAUGAAUCACGGAACAUAUUCCAGUCUGUGCGAGCAAAACAGUCCCCUAAUGUUGCAUCUGCGUCAUCUGACCACUUCCCUAUUGAACGAGUCACCGUACUUCCUGCUUUAGUUUUUGCUUGUAAGCAGGAAUCAGGAGGAUAUAAUUAUGGUCAAAUUUGCCAAAUGGAGGGUGGGGGAGAGCUUUGAAUGCAUCUCUGCAUGUGUGGAUUAAAGGUGAUCUAGGAAUUUUAUUCUCUGGUUGUACAUGUGUGACAUGCUGGUAAAAAUUUGGUGAAACUGAUUUAAGUUUGCCUGCAUUAAAGUCCCCGGCCACUAGGAGCGCCUCUUCUUGGUGAGGAUUUUCUUCACUUAUGGCCAUAGAGUUGGUUGAGAGCGGUCUUAGUGCCAUCUUCGUUAUGUGGUGGUAAAUAAACUUCUACGAAUAAUAUAGAUAGUGUGGUCUACAGCUUAUCAUAAGGUACUCUACCUCAGGCGAGCAAUACCUCGAGACUUCUUUAAUAUUAGACUUCGCGCAUCAGCUGUUCUUGACAAAUAGACACGCCCCCACCCCUCAUCUUACCAGACGUAGCUUCUCUGUUCUGCUAGUGCAUGGAAAAUCUCGCCAGCUCUAUAUUAUCUGUAUCAUCGUUCAGCCACAUCUCGGUGAAGCAUAAGAUAUUAAAGUUAAUGUCCCGUUGGUAGGAUAAUCUUAAUCGUAGGUCAUCAAUUUUAUUUUUACAAUGGAUUGCACGUUAGCAAAAAGAACGGAUGGCAGUGGAAGUUUACUCGCUCACCUACGGAUUCUCAGAAGGCUGCCUGAUCUGUGGCCUCUUUUCCUGCAUCUUUUUUUCAAGCAAAUUACAGGGAUCUGGGCCUGUUCCAGUGAAGCAGUAUAUGCUUCUCAUCGGACUCGUUAAAGGAAAAAGUUUCUUCCAGUCCGCGUUACAGAAGCUGAAUUCACAACUGGAGUUGGUCCUCUCUUGCUCACAAGCCAAGAGAGACACACUGAGAGAGACUUUAAAAAGUGAACAGAAGUGGUUGGAGGAAAAGAAGGAAGUGUUGAGGGCAGGCACUGAACAUGUGGUCAAACAGCGACUGGAAAACGAAAGGUUAUCAGAACACAGUGUGUUGCAGGACACCAAGAAGAAGAUCCAGAAGAUGAAGGAUUACCAGAACAGACUGAUGGAGACCCUGGCAGACGUACUGGCGGAACACUUCCCACUUCCUACACAGGAGACCAACGCUGACAAGAAGAAAAAGAACAUUCCUCAAGAGCUGAACGAGAAUCUAAUUUCACUCAAUGAAGUCCUGGAGCUGCUGAUGAACACGACUCUGGAGACGCCUCAUGAUCCCUACAUAUUGAUAGACGAGACGUUCUGGCCCCCGUACACAGAGAUGCUGCUGCGCCACGGCAUUGCGCAGAGACACCCAGAGGACUGUUUCAAGAUCCGCCUGGAAACCUUUUAUUAACAGUAACUGGUCAGACAUCCUGGUUCUAGAUUUGUCAGCGUGUGUAGCAGCCUGGUCCCAGAUGUUUGUGCUGUCUUGCCGUCUCAUUGUCAUGCCCUCGAUCAUAAGCGUUGGUUAUACAGUAAAAAACAGGUCUGGCACCACGCUAAUGUCGUGGAAAUUUCCUCUAUUUACCAAAUGAUGAGGGAGCAAACCACACACACAAGUCAGAGUUAGUUAUCAAAGUCCAUCUUUAAUUAUAUGAGCUCUAUCACAAACCCUGUGACUCUCUGAUCAAUUCAGUGUCUAUCAAUAAAUUCUCUGAGAGUCCCUUACACAUUUCAACUGAGAACUUUUAUAGCAAAGACACACACAGGAUAAGACAGCAUCGAUAUAAUUCAUUGUUCAGAUUUGUCUCCUUUCUCAAACUCAGAACCAUAAACCAAUCCUCCAUAUCAACAGGCAUAUAUCAAAUCCAUCCUAUCUUGACAAGAUCACAGAGACACGCUGACUGGCACACAGACAUUGUGGAGCAAAAGAUGUUUACACAUGAUGACACCUUGACCUCUCCCCUCUCUGCGGCCCAAGCAACUUAGUCUUGACAUAGAACAGAUACUGCAACCCCGCCACAGUAUUAUACAAAAAUAACAUUCUGAUGAGAAGUAACUUACAAACAUAUGAUGAAUAAAAACAUCUUACCUAUGUUACCAACCAAUUCUGAUUAUUCCCCAACACUAGGUGUAUGGUAAUAUCAUGAGCAUGUAUUGUGAUAGUGGCUUGAUGGGUCACUGGUUUAAAGUGUUAUUUCCUGUAUGUUUCACAAUAGGUUAACCUUUUUGAAUGUUUUUUUAAAUAUGUUACAUAGAUAUUUAUGUUGCUCUCUCUGGCUACUGGAACACAAUUUGCAUACUUUGGUGAAACCUUACAUUGUUAUUAUGUAUAUAUUUCCAUGUAUCAAUGUAUGCCAGAUUUGUUCUUAAUAAAAGGAAAAAUCAACAAUAUA